AUGGCUAAAUGCACCAAGAAGAUCGGAAUCAUCAAUAAAUAUGGGACCCAUUAUGGUGCUUCCCUCCAGAAAAUGGUGAAGAAAACUGAAGUCAGCCAGCACGCCAAGGACACUUGCUCCUCCUGUGGCAAAACCAGAAUGAAGAGACGAGCUGUGUGCAUCUGGCACUGUGGGUCCUGCAUGAAAACAGUAGCUGGUGAUGCCUGGACUUACAACACCACUUCGGCUGUCACAGUAAAGUCUGCCAUCAGAAGACUGAAGGCAUUGAAGGACUAGUAGAAGUGCCACCAUUUGAAACCUUGCUAGCCUGUAAUAAAUGGGUUAA